AACCCUAACCGUGACUUUACCCCAUACUCUUACCCUCAUCUUAACCAUAACCCUUACCUAACUCUAAACUUAACCUUAACCCCUACCAUAACCGUUUUAAAAUUAAACUUAAAUUGGGUGACGUCAGAGUUCAGAGUCCUCACAAGGAUCCCGUUUAGACAUCUUAGUUUUUUAGUAUCUCCCUUUGAGUUUACGAGAUCUCCCCCCGAAUCCUGAGCGAGGCAGUCACCGAAACGAGAGGCGAUACCCUCCUGCACAACAUGGCUACAAUUGUAACCUCGACCAGAUUUACAGACGAAUAUCAGCUGUACGAGGAGCUCGGAAAGGGCGCCUUCUCCGUUGUCCGGCGAUGCGUUAAAAAGUCCAACGGCCAGGAAUUUGCUGCUAAAAUUAUCAACACGAAAAAACUCUCAGCAAGAGAUCAUCAAAAACUGGAACGAGAGGCCCGCAUCUGUCGCCUGCUCAAACAUCCCAACAUAGUACGACUACACGAAAGUAUCUCAGAGGAAGGCUUCCAUUACCUUGUCUUUGACCUUGUCACCGGUGGAGAGCUGUUUGAAGACAUUGUUGCCAGAGAGUAUUACAGUGAGGCCGAUGCCAGCCAGUGUAUCAAUCAGAUCCUGGAGAGUGUCCACCACAUGCACCAGCAUGACAUUGUGCACAGGGACCUCAAGCCAGAAAACCUGCUCCUGGCCAGUAAGCUGAAGGGAGCUGCAGUGAAGUUGGCUGACUUUGGGCUGGCCAUUGACGUGCAGGGAGACGAGCAAGCAUGGUUCGGUUUUGCAGGCACUCCAGGCUACCUCUCUCCAGAGGUCUUGAGGAAGGACCCCUACGGCAAGCCGGUGGAUAUCUGGGCCUGUGGUGUUGUCCUGUACAUUCUCCUGGUGGGCUACCCUCCCUUCUGGGAUGAAGAUCAGCACAAGCUCUAUCAGCAGAUCAAGGCUGGGGCCUACGAUUUCCCCUCCCCAGAGUGGGACACAGUGACCCCCGAAGCCAAGAACCUGAUCAACCAGAUGUUGACCAUCAACCCUGCCAAGAGGAUCACUGCUGACCAGGCUCUCAAGCACCCAUGGAUCUGCCAACGUUCCACAGUGGCUUCCAUGAUGCACCGCCAAGAGACUGUGGAGUGCCUGCGCAAGUUUAACGCCAGGAGAAAACUCAAGGGAGCCAUCCUCACCACCAUGCUGGUGACCAGAAACUUCUCAGUGGGCCGACAGCACACCAGCCCUGCGGCCACCACCAGCACAGCUGCUCUUGCUUCAGAAGCAUGCAAAAGUUUACUCAACAAGAAGUCGGAUGGUGGAGUGAAGCCGCAGACAAACAACAGUAAAAACAGUGUAGUGAGCAGUACCAGCAGCACCAAAGACAGCAGCAUAUCAUCUUCAGCACCAAUGGAACCACAGACCACUGUCGUGCACAACCCAGCUGACGGCACCAAGGGCUCUACAGAGAGCUGUAACAUCACAGAAGAGGAGGAUGUGAAAGGUAGGAAAGUGUCUGCGUGCGGGUCUAGCGUGGACAGUGCAAUGGUCAGCCAGUGCAGUGCCAGUGAGGAACAGACCCAGGCUCAGCCCCCUCACUGCCCACCCGCCUCUGCCCCACUGCAUGAUGAUGCUAAGCACACUUUUGCUAAUUGGAAAAGUUCAGGUCAUAGCUCCUGUCCUGACUUAGAGCAAGCUCUGCCUGCGCCACCCUCCGUGGCCCCAGGGGGCAGCAACGUGCAGCUGACUCGCAAACAGGAGAUCAUCAAGAUUACUGAGCAGCUGAUUGAGGCCAUCAACAACGGAGACUUCGAGGCUUACACGAGAAUCUGUGACCCCGGACUAACCUCGUUUGAACCUGAGGCUUUGGGAAACCUGGUGGAGGGCAUGGACUUCCACAAGUUCUACUUUGAGAACUUGUUGAGUAAGAACAGUAAGCCGGUCCACACCACCAUCCUGAACCCCCAUGUGCACCUGAUCGGGGAGGACGCGGCCUGCAUCGCCUACAUCCGCCUGACCCAGUACAUCGACAGCCAGGGGCGCCCGCGCUCCUGCCAGUCAGAGGAGACCCGCGUGUGGCACCGCCGCGAUGCCAAGUGGCUCAACGUGCAUUUCCACUGUUCAGGAGCGCCUGCCGCACCGCUCCAGUGAACCUUUAUCAGACACAGCUUUGCCUGAAUUCUGAAGCCGAUUGGAGCAUUUUCUCAGUGGUCGGAUUGGCGCCAAGAGCCCUGCCAGAAGAGAACGCUUGGAAGUUUAAAAUCUAAGGGGAAAAUCUAACAAAAUAAAAUAUUUUAAAGCUGACCGACUGACAACACCACCAAUCCAGUCCAACCCUAGCUAUAUGUUGGGGGCCGGCUGUAGCUGAAGCCCUGCCCUCCGGACGGUGCAUGCUUCUGACGCCCACAGGGGGGCGCUGUCUUGUCCUUUUCCAUGGAUCCAUAUUUUUUUGCAGUUUUGAAAGGUGUUUAAAGUAUUAACAUAUGUAAAAUAAAUUAUCAAAAAACCUUCACAUUUAUUCAGCAGGUAUGGUAGUAAUGAUUAAAGAAAAUAAAUUUGAAUUUUCUAUAAAAAAAAUAGAAAAAGGAAAACACCCUCAUUUUUGUGGUGGUUGUUUUUUUGUUUUGUUUGUUUCACAGUUAACAUAUCUAAUUAUUUCUGUUGUUGGAUGCAAACAAAUGCUAGAAGGGAACAUUUCUGAAAAACAAAGCUUGAUUCAAUCCGUAUGGCAGGUUCAGCGCUAUGGCGCGAUUGAAAUUUAAAGGUAAUAUUUAUGAUUGAGCUGACCGAUGCAGCGUUUGCCGUGAAUUCAGUCUCCAUGAACGUGAGCACAUUGCCUUUAAAUUUCAAACGCGUGCUGAACUUCCGCGAUACGAAUUGAACCAAGCUCUAAAUUGUUACUUACAGUAAUAUCAACAUUUUAUGGGUCGGGUGCGUUGCAGAAGGGACUCUGUUUUUUAGUAUUCUGAUGUGUUAUUGUGGACCUCUUCAUUUUUAUCCCCUGAAUGAUGCUGUAUUUGAAAGUAUUCCGUGUGUUAAGAUUUUUUUUAAUGGGGACUUUAUUUAAUAUAGUAAUGUAUACAUUCAUAUUUAUAAGGAGAAAGACUUUACUUUCAGGGUUUGGAUGCGUGUGUGAGAGUGAAGAUGUGUUCUCAUGUCCCUAUAGCUCCCUUUUCAAGCUCGUUUGCGCUUUGAGAUCCCCAGUGUAUAUGCACACAUGCAUGCUCACACAAGGCCCAAAAUCAAGCUCACUGUGCUGUGCCCUUUGGGUAUGUAGACCAGCCAGCUCCUCCAGCAACAGGCCACAUUCUCCUGACCAGCACAACCUGAAGUUGCAGAACACUACUAUUGGUUCAGUGUGCCGAGUUUGCCUUCUUCCUUGGGCCACUAGAGGGCACAUGGCACAAUCAAGCCUACUGCUACUAUUCUGAUGGAGACCCCAAACCACAAACUCUGAAAGCUCGUACUCUUCUCCUUCCUAUUGUUUUCUACUCUGACUUUAACAUGUUUGAUAAAACAUUUUUGGGGGGAAAUAUGGAAAAAUGUAAUAAAAUCUAAAAUGGCCGGUACUGUUUGGCACAAACUUGAGACUCAAUGCUGUUCUGUUCACUCCCCGGAUGAACGUUUCUGCAACUUCAGGUUAAGCUCACUUACUCCUGGGGUCUCUACCUGUGUUUCUGUAGUUAGUGACCCUGCUAAUCAGCUUUCUAUUAGCGCCACUCAGUGUGAUAUCACCCUUUGCCUGUCUCUCUUGUUCUGGUCCCUGUCCUGUUCUCGAACAUUGUAUAUUGUCCGUCUUCGCUUGCCAUACCUCUCUGUAAAGUCAUUGGCACUAAAAGCAUGUGAAAAUGAAAAUGCUGUAAAGUGGGGUGUUGAGUUGGCCAGUGGCUGGUGGUGGCAUGUCGAACAGCUGGCUGGGGAAGGGCCGGGAGGUGGAUCUGGGGGCCACGCUUAAGGCAAUCCAUGGAUUGGUCCCUUUAUCCCGGUUUCAGUUGUAACUGUUCUAGAUGUUAGUGUUUGUACUGUUGGUAUUAUUAUGAAUAAUCCAUUUCUUUUUGAGAUUGGAGCUGGAAAUAUGGGGAGGCAGUUGAGGUGGGGGUUGGGGCUCAGGCAGCUGGCCAAUCACACCCAAGCCUCCCCUGUCCAACCCAAUUCCCACAAUACACAUAUGUGGAAUCAACACACACACAGUGCACUCCCAAUGCAAAUUAUAUUUGAAUAUAUAUAUACACUGAACAAAAACAUAAACGCAACAUGUAAAGUGCUGGUCCCAUGUUUCAUGAGCUGAAAUAAAGAUCCCAGAAAUGUUCCAUACUCACAAAAAGCUUAAAUAUCUCAAAUUUUGAGCACAAAUUUGUGGUGUGGCAUAUGACGAAGCUGGUGCUCCCUGUGCUGUGGACAAUAAAAGGUCACUCUAAAAGCUGCAGUUGUCACAUAACACAAUGUUGAGGGAGCAUGCAAUUGGCAUGUUGACUGCAGGAAUGUCCACCAGAGCUGUUGACAGAAAAUGUCAUGUUCAUUUCUCUAGCAUAACAUUUUAGAGAAUUUGGUAGUUUGUCCAACCGGCCUCACAACCGCAGAACACUUGUAACCACGCCAGCCCUCCUCAUCCUGCUUCUUCACCUAAGGGAUCGAGGGGGCUGCUGCUGAGGAGUGUUCCUAUGUUUUACCAUUAACGGGAGGGAGGGUGCUUCUGAGGAGUAUUUUUGUCUGUAAUAAAGCCUUUUUGUGGGGAAAGAACACUGAUUGGCUGGGCCUGGCUCCCAGUGGGCGGGCCUAUGCUCUCCUCCCAGGCCCACCCAUGGCUGUGCCCCUGCCCGGUCAUGUGAUUAGAGCCUAAUUUAUGUAUAUGAACUGUAACUCUGCAAAAUCUUUGAAAUUGUUGCGUUUAUUUGUUUGUUAUGAGAGACACACACAAAAAUAUACACUAAAGACAAUCUCCCUUUAAAAACAUAUCUUUGUGAUAAUGGUAAAACAUUGGAACACUGUUUUUCACUGUGUUGUAGCAACUUGUGACUUUGUACCGCCAGAGGGGUGAAGCUUGCUGUUAACCCCUUCAUUUCUGUGCCAAGCAGCUCCAUAGUACUGGCGUUCCAUUGAACCUGUGGAAGGCCGGGCACCGAAAAGACAACAACCUACCGAUGAGACUCUUGGUCAUAGAAAAUUAUAUCAAAACAUGUUGAAUGAAACACGUUAAAAAAAAACCUGUGCUCGGUGUUCAUAUCAUGGUCAUAACUGGCCCCGCCCACCCUACUGCGCAUUGUGACAUAUCUGCCAUAAAACUGUUUCCCUUUUGCACCAUAAUGCAAUGUAUACAGUACUGAACUGUGUGAUGUUUUUUUGGCUCAAAUAGUUUUUCCUGACUUUGUGCUGUGGGCACUGGCCUCUCUCUCUCUCCCACUGGGCCUGAUGCUUCCAUUCAUUGCGUCGGUGUUCACACAGCCAUGGGAAUGAGAACUACUAUGCGGUUUACUUCAACUCUUCAAAAGAAUUCAAAGGGAAGAAGAGGAGAGAAAUAGUUAUUGAGGGAAGGAUAGUUAACCUUGGAUUAUACUAUAGCCUCCCUAACUAGCUAGCAGGACAGGAAGAGGGCCUUGAUAUACUUACAAAAACAAAUACUGAAAAAUACAUUAAAAGCCACACACUUUAACAACUAUAUAUGCAGUUUUACAAGAGAAAGAAAUAUGCAUGUCUACUUUCUGGUAAUAUUUUUCACUGUCUGUGUUUACUUGAUUAAAAAAAUGGAAAUCUAUAUGUUACUUGCAUCCUCAAGAUCAAUGAAAAUGUCUCCGUCUCAAAUAUUGAAAUGAAGUGAUAUCACGUUUAAAAAAAAGUACAAAAAAUAAAAUAAAAAAGGUAUAUUUACUUAAUUGUAAUCAUAUAGUAAGGAUACAUAUGACUAUACUCCGUUUUCAUUUGGAUGCUGGAUUUCUGCAUGACCAUAUAAUAAAUAAAACCAUGACUUAAACGA